CGGUGGCGGGAGCCGACGCGACCGCGCCAGCCGAGUCCGCCGCGGCGUGUACCUUUAUGCCCUUCUUCCCUCGUCUCCCCCCGCGCUCUCCCCCCCUCGUCCCCCGUCGCGCGUCGUCCCGCGCCUCGCGUUGUCCUCUUUAUUUGUGGCGCGCACACAUCCCGAUCCCCUUCCCUUCGAUUAAUCGCACUAUUCUCGCUCAUGCGAGUGUUAUGCCUUCCACGAGACGCGUCUCGUAAGCCGGCGAAAUGUGCCGGUAAUUGUUGGUCGACCGCUGACAAGUCGAGCGUCCGUGUCGUUGGACGAUUCGAUUCUGCUCUACUGGAAUGCAACGUGGACGUCUCGCCUCUACGAUGCCGAUUAAGAAUAUAUUGUUAAGAGAACCGACGUAAUGAAAGUCGAUAUCCAUUAGACACGGUCGCGGGCAAUGACAUGUCCGCGUCGAAACAUCGCGGCUGUCACUGAAUCCGUGAAUCCCAAACGAUCUCCCAACGAAGAGCCGCGCGGGCUCGCGGAUAUCUCAAGAAUGCCGAGGCCGGUUCGAGCGCGAUCCGUCGAGGACGACACUGGCGGGCACGUAUACCUAGCGCCCUGCUAGCGCGGUACAGUCCGCGCAGAGAGCGCUGCCAAGUUGGCGUAGAGUACGCGGACUAGACCACACGGAAAUGCGCCUAGUGUCCCCGUGGAGCCGCGGGCGGACAGCUCGUCGUUACGACGCGGCCUAUCGGACGGCUUGAAAUCGAGGCUUGCGCCAAAGACUGGGAAAACGCGCCCGAUAAAAUAUGCUGCUGCUGUCCCCGUUCGAGUGCGCCGUGAUCCUUGAGAAGGCUCCAACGGCUCGCGGAGCUACGCCCGGAGCAUGCACGUAGUCGGCGGAGGAACGAUACCGUCUACGUACCCCGUUCUUCCCCAGUUUCGCCUAAACCCUCAACGCAUAUCGAGCGCGAUGGUGGUGAUGGUGGUGGCAGCGGCGGCGGUGGCAGCGACGACGACGACGACGAAGACGACGAAGACGACGAAGACGAUGACGGUAGCGACAGCGAUGAUGGUGUAGUGAUGAGAAUCUUUCGCGCCACCUGGUAUAAUCGUAUCGGCGCACAAAGUGAAACGUCGUCCUCAUCGUCGAGGGAAAGCGUGAAAACUGCAAGAAUCGAGAUCAUCAUUUAGAGAAACGACUUUCUCGUGUGUGUUUUAUACACUUGAACGUCCACCGUUGAUACGUCAUCCUCGUCCUCGUCCUCUUCUCCUCUCGUUCCUCGUUUCGCUCCCCCGUCAUGUAACAUGGGUCGCGCGCGAUAUCGUUGGCGGUACCCGUAGGUGGACGUAUACCGCACGUUAUAACCUCAACGAAGGAGGCACUGUGGUCUACCGGACCGUUCAGCUGCGAUGUGAUUUCGCGACUGAAUCAAGGGGAACCCUCUCGACCGUCGAGGAUGAGGAACGGCUUCACGGAUAUACCGGUCGCGAGUGCCGACAGCAGCACCGACGCCAUAUGGCUCGAGAAAAGCAGUCCAUCGCGGAUGGCACCUGAGCGAAUGUCACUCAGUUUCGAUAAAGUUGUUGUUAAACAAGAACGUCCAGAUGAAGCGGAGAUCCGUGAAUUGGCUGCCAAAAUGGUGGAAGCGAACAAGACGAAAAUGUUAAACAUGCCAGCGGUGCAACAACCGAGGCCGCAAUGUCUCGUACCGCAGCAACAGCAGCAGCAGCAGCAGCAGCAGCAGCAGCCUAAUCUUCCCAGUAUUCUUGGAUAUCUGAACAAACGGCCAAACGAUGGAUCGUCGGCUCCAAAACCGCCGGUUACUAUGGAGAUUAAAGCACCAGCACUCGACGACGACAGCCAGAGAGGACGAUUCGGCUGGACAAGCUUCGACGAAUGUCACAUACCUUAUAUAUUUCGGUCCGGCGAAAAGUAUUGCGCCGUACGAAUCCUAGAAUCUAAGCUUCUCAACAAGUACCUGAGCUAUCUCCACGCGGACAUCUACAGCUGUACGUGUAUAAGAAGUUAUUAUAUCACGGAGGCUGAAAGCAAAUUAUUCAAUGAUAUUAACACUAAGCAUUGUGAGAAUCAAUUCGGGAGGGACACAUUUACGUGCAAAGACUUAGUGGUGCGACUCUCGGACGCCAAGGAGUUUUAUACGUUUCUCGAUGUAUGUUACACGAAAUUGACCGCAGGUAGCAAUCCGAAUGUAACGAGCGGACGCAAAGCGGAGAAAUGCGGUUUCAUACGAAUAAAUAAGGAGUCUGUAGUACCUUACACGGUGAAGGAUGGUCUACAGUACGUGCCGUUAUUUUAUUUCGAGGGUGAAACCGAGAAUCUCAAGUUAAAGGCGGAAAAACUCGAAGGCUGGGAUCUAUCGUACUUGAAGUUCUGCUGUAAAGUACAGGGUAUACGUAACGAACUGUUUGCCAGUGAAACGUGUUCAGUGAUUAGUUUGAAUGAUAUUAAGAGUUACUUUCCACCGGGUACCGGCUUCGAGGACUAUUGGCCGACCAAAGUAAUGGACUCGCAGUUACUGGUGAACAGCAAUGGCAAUGGUAGCGGCGGGGGAUGGACGAAACAACCGCCCACACCGCCAGCGACUAAGCCUACUUCUGUGCAAAGCGCAAAUAAAAUAGUACCACCUUUAAACGCGCGUGCUACGCCGAUGCCUAACAUAAUGCCGCGGGGAACUGUCGUGAGUACAGCGGCGCAAAUGACGCGACUACAUGGACAGACCAGGUCCGUAGUGACAACACAUCCCGCGCAUUCUUCUCCAUCGGGACUUCCCGCCGGUAGAUCGAACAUAGUAUCACAACCUAUGCUAAAUAAUGUACAAGGUGUAGUUAACGGCUGGUCGGGUCUCGUCGGCGGUCAACCUACCUUUCAACCGGCCCUCAGUUCCCAAGCUAGUUCCCUUAUACGUGCGAAUAUGCUCAACCAAAUGUCUGCUGCUGCCAAAAACUAUCCCCCACAAUCGAGAAGUAGAACAGGUAGUAGUGGAACAGCAGCUCAAUAUCCUGGAGUAUAUCCGACUACAACCAUGCAAGCCCAAGUUGCUCAAGCUCAGCCACCACCACCUCUUGUACGAGCAGCAACUGUUCACUCCAAUCAACCCAAUCUUGGUUAUCCCACCUAUGGGAAGGAUGACUGGGUGACCACUACAUAUACAACACCUACAUUAGGUGUACCUAAUGCAGUCACAGCAAGUACAUAUCCACAAAUGCUUGGCUUGAGCGAACAAGUUCAAGCUUUAAUGCCAGUACAUACAUCAGCAUCGACUUUAUUACAUCAGCAAAGACAUACACCAUCUGUACAUAACACAUCUCAUGUAAAAUAUCCACCUCCUCUAAUACCAGUCAACGGUAGCAGCGGUAGUAGCAGUAGCAGUAGCAGGGAUACCCGAGGGAGAAAACCAUUAAUACCGAUAUCAGAAACACAUAUGUCAACUUGCCAUGUACAACCUUACCAAAUACAGAAAGCACUGGUUGAAGAAAAGAUGGUACCUUGCAUCAACUUCAAACCUUAUAUCUAUACUGAAUUGUUAAUGACACUUCCUGAUUUUAUUUCCAACUUUUUUCCUGCCUGUGACAUUGAAAGUUGUAAACAAGUCCUUACAGAUGUUUUACAUAUAGACUUAUAUCAAGGAAAUAGACAACAAAUGAAGAUGUUAAUGGAAGCAGGCAAAUGUUCUUCGUUAGUUGAAGAUCUACCUUUAAUCCAAGUUAGGAGUGUAAUGAAAUACAUGCCACAAUUCAAAUAUAUGUUUAAUAGAGGAGAUAUGGUCAUGCCUUCCUCGGCUCAUUCAUCUGAAGAGCACCCUGCCAAAAAGCGCCAACGUACCAGCUAGGAUUGGCUACAGCCUUACUGGCCUACUUACGAUUACUAUCAUUCGGCGUUUUAAAUAAGCCGAUAACACAUUGAUUUACAUAUUGAUUACGUACGUAACAUUGUUAUGAGACGCCCUCGAGAUAUUUAACUAAAGAAUUAUAUCUCGUGUGUGAUACUUAACAAAGUACAUACGACCCGAACGAUUAAAGUUUAUGUACAGUGACACCAGAGAGCUAUUUCUUUCUCCAGUGUAUUUACUGAAAAGAAUGUAAAUAAAACCGAAACAUGUAAAUUAUGGUUGACACUUAAGAUCUGCUUUUUGUUUAUUUUAUUUUAUUCAAAAUCUGCUACAGUGUGAAAAGUUGUUGCAGGACAAAAUAGACAAAAGAGAAAGAGAACAUUCUUAUUUUCAAAUUGAAUAUAUCUCAUCAUUCCACACACACACAUACACACAGUAUACACACAUAACAU